AAAACAACUUACAAAAUAUAAUUCAGCAAAUAUAAUUCAAUUCAACACCAAUAACAACAAUAAGAUACAACCUGUUGUCUUUUAAAAAAAAUAUUUUAGUUAAAACAUUUCCUUCCUGCUUGUUCAGCUCAGGAGCAGUCACGAUGCUCAUCUGAAAGAGAAAAACAUGAAGUCAGACAAGCUCUAAAGCCUGUAAUGGAGGACAAGAAAGCAAACAUAAUCGCCACCAUAUCCAUCUUAGCCCUUAUCAUAGUAAUAAUCACCGCCAGAGUUACUCUAAAGCUCUCCAAAACGUUUUACCUCAUCGCCGGCGUCGACAUCUCCCUGAUCCUCGCCGUGAUCUGUUUCCUCGUAAUCCGCCGCCGCUACAACAGAGAGAGAAAGAUCCUAGUGUCAAAGUACGUCUCCGAAGGCAGAGAGCUCCGGAUCGAGUACAGCUUCCUCCGGAAAGUCGCCGGAGUCCCGACCAAGUUCAAGCUCGAGGAUCUCGAGGAAGCCACCGACGGGUUCCGGAUCCAGAUCGGGAAAGGCGGGUCGGGCUCCGUCUUCAAAGGAGUCCUCAAAGACGGAAGCCAAGUCGCCGUGAAGAGAAUCGAAGGAGAGGAGAAAGGAGAAAGAGAGUUUAGGUCAGAGGUGGCCGCCAUAGCUUCCGUGCAGCACAAGAAUCUAGUUCGUCUUUACGGUUACUCGUCGGUGAAUCGCCAGAGGUUCCUCGUCUACGCGUACAUACCAAACUCGUCUCUCGACGUGUGGAUCUUCCGGAACAGGAGAUCCAGAGGAUGCUUGACGUGGGACCAAAGGUACCAAGUCGCUGUCGAUGUAGCGAAAGCCCUAGCUUAUCUUCACCAUGACUGUAGGUCAAAGAUCUUGCAUCUUGACGUGAAGCCAGAGAACAUUCUCCUCGAUGAAAACUACAGAGCGGUGGUUACAGACUUUGGACUCUCCAAGCUGAUAGCUAGAGACGAGAGCCGAGUUGUGACGGAGAUUCGCGGCACGUGCGGAUACCUAGCUCCAGAGUGGCUUCUAGAACAUGGUAUCUCUGAAAAGUCUGACGUUUACAGCUACGGAAUCGUGUUGCUGGAAGUGAUCGGAGGGAGGAGAAGUAUAAUGAAGGUAGAGGUCGAGGAAACGAACAAAAAGACGAACGAGAAGAGCAAGAAGAAGAAGCUGGAGUACUUUCCGAGGAUAGUGAACCAGAAGAUGAGAGAAAGAAAGGUAAUGGAAAUUGUAGAUGAACGGGUGGAGGCAGGUGAUGAAGGGCAAGUGAUGAAGCUGGUGUGUGUGGCUCUUUGGUGUAUACAGGAGAAGGCAAAGAAUAGGCCUGAUAUGGCUAUGGUGAUUGAGAUGCUUGAAGGGAGAGUUCCGGUGAGUGAGCCGCCUGAUUCGCAGCUAGUUGUGGUCGAUCUUUUGGCAGCUGGUGAUGAUGAUGAUGCGACGAAUGGUGUACGACGUGUUGUGGAGGUACCGAGGUUGCAUAUUCAGAGGGAAAGGCAUUUUCGUUUGCCGUCUAUUUGUUCUAGUAUCAUAUCUCCCAUUUCUCCACGGUAGAGUUUUGGUUUUGUUCAUUUGGUAUGUAAUAAUCAGACAGUUUAUUAAUAGGACUGAACACAAGGUUAUGGUUCUAA